AUGGCGCUACCAGAGAACAGUGUGGUACCUGCCAGACUGGUCUCUUCCUCUUGCUCUUUGGAGAAGGUUCUGAAGUGCAGCUGCUCCUUCCAUGGGGUUCCUGUACCCUACGUGCGAUGGUGGAUGAAAGGUGAUAUCUUGGGUAUAGACGGCAUGGAUGACAGCCCCCAGGUGACUUCCAUCCACUUGGGCCCUUGGACCAACACCACCAUCAGCCUGGCUGAGAUGCCAGAAAUGGGCACAAGCCUUCUCUGUGAGGGGAAGAAUACACACGGAGUGUAUGGGAUGAACAUCAUACUGAUGUCAAUAAAGAGUUCCUUGGUUACGCGGACGUUCAUCAACGGCUUCUUCCAGGGCCUUGCCUAUGGAUCCAUUGCAACUGCACUGAUCUUCCUCUGCCUCAUCCCAUUCAUAGUGAAACAUAUCAGAAGGAAGCUGGCAAAAAAAAUUGCAGUGAUGAAGGCAGAAAGGAACACUAAAGGCAGAGAAUGCCAAGGACACAAUGUGGAUCUGAAGCCUGAGGAACUGGAGGAAUCCAUAGUCAUGCCAUCUCCUGAGAGCCAGAGAUUGGUGGGUACCCACUGCGUCUGCAGUCUAGUCUAG